AUGGCAAAGUUUAACCCCAAGGUAUUUGACAGUGAUGUGCAUCGCAAGCAGGGUUCUGCUGUUCCAGUCACAACUCAGUCUACUUUCAGCGAAAGCCUGUCACCCAAAGCCGUAACUAAGGGAGGGCUUCCUCUCAGACUGGACAGUAACAUCAAUGUCUUCAAACAGGAAGACUGUAAACCAACCUCAGGCUUCAAACCAGGAGCUCAACCAGGAAUGAGAAGUCAAGUGGCUUUGAAAUUUUUAUCUGAUGUCUCAAAGGCUCCGCAGACUGAGAAGGAACGUAGCAGCAUUUGCACCGUGGGAUCUACUCCUCUUCUCACUAACACUGGAGGUCACCAGGGAUUUCCUGACACACCGUGGCCAUGCCAAGACUCUGCAACAGGGCCUAGCAGCAAGACUGAGGCCUUGCGGCAAAACCUAAUGCUGAAGUUACAGCCUGCUAGCUCAGGAAACUGGAAGAAUUACCAGGUGCCUGGGGUCAGAUAUCCGGUGAGUCAGAGAAAAGAAACUGCAGACAAAGAUCUUAUGAUCCCCAAACAAAGAACUCUCCCAUCCAUGACUAGGCCAAUGCCAGUGAAACCACACCGUCCACCUAGAGUCAACCUACAGAAGUACCAGAGAGAGACAGAAACUCGGUCUGUUACAUCAUCGGUGCUCCCACUAGCAGUCCAGCCACAUGCUCAUCACCUGUUCAUACCUCUGUCUCCAGAAGAUAUUCAGAACGCCCACCUACAAAUCGUGAAAAAUAACAGACAGCCCAUGUGUCAGCAACAAGAACAGAAUGAAUAUGAUGAUGUGGAGCCAGUGGGGAUAGUUGGGAAGAAGCUGAAGGGACUCAAUAUCCAUCCCCCAAUCCCACCUUUCAAACCAGACAGCAUGAUGGAAGAGGAAAUGUACGAUGACAUUACCGUGAUCCCCAAUGAGUUUCCUGACCCUCCACCAGAAUUCAGCAUUAUCUAUGACGAUGUUGGCAAUACAGGCAGGUACUGCAACAACUAACAGCCAGAGGACAGCACAUUCCGUUGGUCAAAGUAUUAGGAUUCAGAACUGCAUGGUGGAGUUGAUAUCCAGCAAUUCUAGGCUACCUACACCUAGUUACAUCAGCAACACCUUGAGGCCAGCAAUUUCCAUCUGCAAAGUUGGAAUCAGAAGUUUUGGAUUAUCAGGAGUAUUCAAUUAGUCUCAGUACAAAUGAGGCAAGACUGAAAUAACAACUAAUUAUUGCGUCAGGUUACAUGGUUACAUUUAUUGGGAGC